AUGGAGGCAGCCACAGCUCUGGAGGUGGUCGGAGCCACGCUGAAAGUGAAAGAAGCCAGCCUAGCGGAUGCUGACGGAGCCCAGGCUUCACCUCGGCGGGGGGCCGUCAGCCCCAUUCCCCAGCUCCUGCCCCCAACAGAAGAGCACCCCAAGAUCUGGCUACCUCAGGCCCAGAGGCAGACCUACGUCCAGAAGGUUGGAGACACUCUGAAUCUACUAAUCCCGUUCCAGGGCAAACCCCAACCUCAAGCCAUGUGCACGCAUGACGGCUGUGCCUUGGACGCCAGUCAUGUGAGCAUGCGGAAUGGGGAGCGGGACUCCAACCUCUUCAUCCGAGAGGCCCAGUGUGCUGACUUGGGUCACUACCAGCUCCAUGUGCAGCUGGGUGGGCUGGAGGCCACCGCCACCACUGACACCCUGGUGAUCGGUACAAGGCCAGGCUCUCCUCAGAGUAUCAAGUUGGUGGAUGUCUGGGGCUCCAGCACUACCCUGGAGUGGACUCUGCCCCAAGACACGGACACACUCCUGGGAUACGUGGUGCAAAAGGCUGACACCAAAUCUGGGCUGUGGCUCACGGUGCUGGAGCGCUAUCACCGCGCCAGCCGCACAGUCUCCGACCUCAUCGUCGGCAACUCCUAUGCAUUUCAAGUCUUUGCUGAGAACCAGUGUGGGCUCAGCCAGACAGCCUCUGUCACUGCCGACCCGGCCCACAUCCAGAAAGCAGCAAGGCCCUUCUUGGUCCCCUCGGCUACUGUUUACAAGACCGAGGGGUUUGUCCAGUGAGAUUUCUCAGAAGCCCCGAAGUUCACCCAGCCUCUGGCAGACUGCACUACAGUCAUUGGCUGUGACACCCAGCUCUUCUGCUGCAUCCAUGCCUCCCCCAAGCCAAAGAUCAUCUGGCUAAAGAACAAGAUGGAUAUCCAAGGCAACCCCAAGUACAGAGCCCUCACUCACCUGGGAAUCUGCUCCCUAGAAAUCCACAAGCCUGGCCCCUUUGACGGGGGCAUCUACAUCUGCAAGGCUGUUAACCCCCUGGGGGAGCCGUCAGUAGACUGUCGGGUGGAUGUGAAAGGUAAGGGCAGAACUCGCACCUUAAGGUGCAAUCACCUCCUCUCUCCACAGGUGGGAAAGUCGAGGGCAGAGACACAAGCCUAG